AUGGCCGCGACAACAGCAACUAUAGAACUUAAUACGUCGAGUAAUCAAAAUAUUAAUCUUAUAUCCAGUGGGAAUUUGUUCGAUAUUCAGCAAUAUCCAUUCUUAGUGUACAUUAAAUUUAGAAAAUCCAAUAUAAGUAUGGGCAUAUGCACGGGAUCAUUGAUUUCACCACUAUUCGUGUUAACUGCUGCACAUUGCACAUACACCGUCAAUAAAAAUAAUAUAAAGGUGUACCACUACACUAAUCCAAAUACGAAAUCUGAGAGGUACGUUAAACAUAUAUAUCAACAUGAAUUAUACGAUACAGAUAAAAACUCAGAUGAUAUUAGUAUAUUGAGAUUAGAACAUCCAUUCAAGAAUAUCAAUCAUUUUAUAAAUUUAUCUGGUCAUCCUGAUGAAUUUAAUAACGCAACAAGCUUGAAUUGUACAGCUAUUGGAUAUGGAGUGACUGAAAACUCUCAAAAUACGGAAAGAUUAGGAUAUAUGACAUACUUAAGUAUUAUAUACGGUUAUAAAGAAUGUUCAUUGAACAUUAUAGAAAACAAAAUCGAAUUUCUAUGGAAAAAAAUAUUGUGUUCAAAACCAAAUAUUCAAUGCCCCUGUCCUGGCGACAGCGGAGGUCCAUUGAUUUGUAACGGAAGACAAUAUGGAGUAUUAAGCUUCGUUUAUAAUGUACUAAAAGAUGAAGACACUUAUUGUGGAAAUCCUAACCUUCAAUCUGGAUAUUUAUUUGUUCACUUUUACAAAGAUUGGAUAUACAAUAUUGUCUUAAACUCAGGAAACCUAAUAAAAAUUCAUAAUAAAUUGUUCAAUAUUUCAAUAAUACUGAUAGUGUGCAGUUUUUAA